AUGAGUCUGCAGCCCAGGCGAGAAUAUCACAUUGUUGUGCUUGGUGCUGGUAAAAGCUGUCUCACGGCCCAGUUCGUGCAAAAUGUCUGGAUCGAAAGCUAUGACCCGACCAUCGAGGACUCGUAUCGGAAGCAGGUCAAUGUCGACGGCCGACAGAUCAUGUUGGAAAUCCUCGACACGGCCGGCACCGAACAAUUCACAGCAAUGCGCGAGCUUUACAUGAAACAAGGCCAGGGCUUUCUCCUCGUCUUCUCCAUUUGCAACAUGAACUCGUUCUACGAACUAGCCGAACUGCGCGAGCAAAUCGUCCGGAUCAAAGACGACGAGGACAUCCCUCUCGUCGUGGUGGGGAACAAGUCUGACAUGGAAGACGACCGCGUCGUGCCCCGGGCACGAGCAUUUCAACUCGCUCAGUCAUGGGGUCAGAAGCCGUACUACGAGACGAGCGCGAGGCGGAGGACCAAUGUCGACGAGGUGUUUCUGAACCUCUGCGCGCAGAUCAUUCAGAAAGAAGGGGCGCGCAAUCUCAUGGCCGAGCAGCAGGCGGCUGCGAGGAGGAGGGAAAGGCCCAACCGGCAUGAUCGCAGGGGCCGGAGGCAGCGGAAUCGGGACAAGUGCGUUAUCCUGUGA